CAACUGAAAUCCACUGUAACAUUAUCGAUCAUAACUUUGAUUUGCCCUUCUCGGUCCUAGACAUAUGUACGUACCUAAUAUAAGCGCAAGCUAUAGCGCUAUAGCAUGAGCUAGAGAUCCAUGAUCCAGUACAUGCAAUAGAGAGAGAGAGAUCAGCAGUGCAGUAUGAGCCAAAUUUAUGUCAAUGAGCCUCCGACUAAUGGAAAGGUUCUGAUAAAGACAACUCUAGGAGAUGUUGACGUGGAGUUAUGGUCCAAGGAGGCGCCUCUGGCUUGUCGAAACUUUGUGCAGCUGUGCAUGGAAGGCUACUACAAUGGAAAUAUCUUCCAUAGGAUAGUCAGCGAGUUUAUUGCUCAAACUGGUGACCCCACUGGAACUGGAGAGGGCGGGGAGUCCAUCUAUGGCCACACCUUCAAGGAUGAGUUUCAUUCUCGGCUGAGGUUUAAGCGGCGAGGGCUGGUGGGGAUGGCUAACGCUAGCAAAGACGACAAUAGCAGUCAGUUUUUCUUCACUCUGGGCAGAGCAGACGAGCUCACUAACAAACACACUCUCUUUGGCAAGGUGUCUGGUCCCACACAGUACAAUAUACUUCGUCUAAACGAGGUACCCACGAACAAGGAGGACCAUCCCCUCGACCCUGUGCCCAAGAUUCUCAAGACUGAGGUCCUGGCAAACCCGUUUGACGACAUUGUUCCACGAGUAGACCCGAGAAAGCUGGACAAGACGAGGGAGAAGGCGAAGAGCCAGUCAAAAGCAACAAAGAACUUCAGUCUGCUGUCAUUUGGAGAGGAGGCUGAGGAAGAUGAGGAGGAGACACUAACUGCCAGUAAGGAGCUAAAGAUUAAGAGCAGCCACGAUGUACUCACAGAGGACUCCAAACUCAGUGCUCAACCGGCUGUUGACCAAUCAGAAUUGAGGAAGAAUGGAAAACGCAAAAACGAUGAAUCUAACGAUGGGGAUGAGGGGGACCACAAGAAACUGCGGUUGGAGGAGCACCCACUCAGCGCUCUGGAGGAGAGACUGCUCAAGGAAGAGCAGGUGAAGACAGAUAAGAAGAAGGCAAUGCGGGAUGAAGCCACUCAACUCAAGAAGGAGCUCAAAGAAUCUAAGAGAAGGAGGGAGGCAGAAAAAGAAGAAAAAGAAGCUCAAGAGAGAGAGUUGCCUGAGGCUGUACGAGACCUCCGUAAGGAGAUGGCCAAGUAUCGGUCAAUCAAGGGCACCAUCGCUACGGGUGGAGAUAGGGAGGGUCAGACAAUGGACAUGCUGUCCAAGUUUAAGUCUCGGCUUUAUUCCCUUCGUUCUAAGCCUGCCGACGAGGAGGAGUCACCUGACAUUCCUGUGAUCAGCGAGGAUAAUAAAAGCAGCGAAAAACCUAUGGAUGACUGGUUGACUCACCGCCUAAAAUUUGAGAAUGAUGACCCUAUUCUAGCCAAAGACGCUAAUGUUCAGAACGCAGACACAUACGAUAUCUACGAUCCAAGAAACCCUCUCAAUAAGAGGCGAAGGGAGGCUGACAAAAUUGAGAUGAUGAACCUACGAAAGGGCAAAACUUGAAAACAAUGACUGUAUAAUCACUUUGACUGUGUUAUUAUUAUGUCGUUCUUGUAAAAAUUAUUCUUAAUGUAAACGAAUUACAUUUGUGAUAAAAA